GGCGCGCGGGCGGCAUGGGGACUGCAGCGGCUGCGGCGGCGGCCGGGGAGGGGGCGCGCAGCCCGAGCCCCGCGGCGGUGUCUCUCGGCCUCGGCGUGGCUGUCGUGUCGAGUCUGGUGAACGGGUCCACGUUCGUACUGCAGAAGAAGGGCAUCGUGCGCGCCAAGCGGCGAGGCACCUCGUACUUAACAGACGUUGUAUGGUGGGCUGGCACCAUUGCAAUGGCAGUCGGGCAGAUUGGAAACUUCCUGGCUUACACGGCAGUGCCCACAGUCCUCGUGACCCCUCUGGGUGCCCUUGGGGUGCCAUUCGGGUCCAUUUUAGCCUCUUAUCUCCUGAAGGAAAAGCUCAAUAUCCUGGGCAAACUGGGGUGCCUGCUCAGCUGUGCGGGGUCCGUCGUGCUUAUCAUCCACUCCCCGAAGUCUGAGAGUGUGACAACGCAGGCCGAGCUGGAGGAGAAGCUCACCAACCCAGUGUUUGUGGGCUACCUGUGCAUUGUGCUGCUUAUGUUACUGCUGCUCAUCUUCUGGAUUGCUCCGGCGCAUGGACCCACCAACAUCAUGGUCUACAUCAGCAUCUGCUCCUUGCUGGGGAGUUUCACCGUGCCUUCCACGAAGGGCAUAGGGCUGGCAGCCCAAGACAUCUUGCACAACAAUCCCUCCAGCCAGAGAGCCCUGUGCCUGUGCCUGGUGCUCCUGGCUGUACUGGGCUGCAGCAUCAUUGUGCAGUUCAGGUACAUCAACAAGGCCCUUGAGUGCUUCGACUCCUCGGUGUUUGGGGCCAUCUACUAUGUGGUGUUCACCACGCUGGUCCUGCUGGCAUCGGCCAUCCUCUUCCGCGAGUGGAGCAAUGUGGGCCUGGUGGAUUUCCUGGGCAUGGCCUGUGGGUUCACGACUGUCUCUGUGGGGAUUGUCCUUAUACAGGUGUUCAAGGAGUUCAACUUCCACCUUGGGGAGAUAAACAAAUCCAAUGUGAAGACAGACUAGGAUGCGGCCAGGGGUUGGGGGCAGGAGGAGCAGGCCUUGGAGUUGGUCUCUGGUCUUGACUGGAUGUGAAGUGGCCACGACCCUCAGCCCCUGGUGUGAGAGUUACCUGUGCACGUGCAGGGUCCUCGUGGACAUGAGGAACCUAGCUCGACCCUGGACGGGGCCCAGCUCGGCAGCCCAGACCUCCCUGUGGUGGCCUGGGCAUCAUCUUUCUCCAAUGAGACGGAUGUCAUCUUCAUUUCCAUUAACCCAGAAGCUUUCAUGACUACUCUUUCCUUUUAGAAUAUUUUAACAUGACCUAAUCAGGAAAGAAGGUGGGCUCUUUCUGGUUGGUCUUUGUAGGAGAACAAAUGCUCUUAGAUUACUUUGGAAACAAGAGAAAGUGUCUUGAAAUCUGGCUCUGUGUAGUAAACGUGACUGUGGUUGUGUUA